AUGGUUUGUUUAGUUUUACUGAGCCGCAGUUGCCAGAGGCGCAGCGGAUGACGUUUGAUAGGGCGAGCGGAAGAACAAUACACCGUCUUCCGGUAAUUUACUCGCUUAGCGGGCAAUACAGCCCCGUAACCCACACCGACAAUUUGAAUACCACGGCCAAGCAGCGCAGAUUGGUGUGUGUGUGUGCGGGUGAGUAAGCCAGCAUCCAGCACAAUCAGCGACAAGACCACACCCACCACACACACCACCGGCAGCGGCGACGGUUUCCUUAUCCUCGACAUCGACAAUUCCUCCUCCCACCCACCAUCCUGCUGCGUUCUGGCAAUAGCCUUCCUUGAUAUCGAACCCAAUCAAGAACAGAAACACCAGCAAUCAUGGGAAAGGGCCAGCCUCGUGGUCUCAAUGCCGCACGCAAGCUGCGCAACCAUCGCCGUGAGGGCAGAUGGGCCGAUCUGACCUACAAGAAGCGUCUUCUCGGAACUGCCUUCAAGUCCUCGCCCUUCGGUGGCUCCUCCCACGCAAAGGGUAUUGUCCUCGAGAAGGUCGGUGUUGAGGCCAAGCAGCCCAACUCCGCUAUCCGGAAAUGUGUCAAGGUCCAGCUCAUCAAGAACGGAAAGAAGGUCACUGCUUUCGUCCCCAACGACGGUUGCUUGAACUUCGUCGACGAGAACGACGAAGUCCUGCUCGCCGGUUUCGGUCGCAAGGGCAAGGCCAAGGGUGAUAUUCCCGGUGUCCGAUUCAAGGUCGUCAAGGUGUCCGGUGUCGGCCUCUCGGCCCUCUGGAAGGAGAAGAAGGAGAAGCCAAGAUCGUAAACGAAGAAAUAUAAAAGAUGGGGAGGGCGGAAAAGUGGAUAUCUUCGUGGCGAUGUAGGUGGUGGUAGUGGGGUGGUGUCCUUUGCAGGCGACUUUUUGUGUGUUUUUCUACUCGUGUGAAUGUGUAUGUCUGUACCGGCUCCAGAAAUGAAUGCCCCGGAAUGAUUUGAGAUAACCACUUUUCCUUUUUUUUAUUUGUUUAUCUUAUCUUGAAAAUAAAUUUCCUACGAAAAACCUACAAAAACGUGCUUGCAUGAUUUGUUAUUGUGUGGCGGGUUGUCUGAAAGGCUGGCUGGUUAAGGAUGGUGGCUGCUUUGCCUGCUUCUAACUUCAUCAUUGCUGUUGACGCGUGGAGGACAAUUGAUUUAUUCCUUGUUAUGAGGAUUUGGUGAUUACUGAUCUCACUCGCCCCUGAAGUCAUUUAAAACCAGGUUUGGGGAUAGAGAGGGGGCCCCCCUUGCUGCCCUUCAGUUAGUCCUUCUGACAACAGCACCGAGAGUCAGCGAGGAUGCCAUUACGCAUGCACACCACUGCGCAGUCAUUACGUUGAUCUUCCUCCUUUGAAUUCAUCCUUUCACUUUCAUCUUCUGAAUAUUAUUAACGAACCGGUAUAUUGCUUCACCUUCAUCACCUUCAUCAUCUUCGAACGAACUUGAGUUUAAAUUUGAUUUGGAUGUGACCUUCAUAUCCAUCGUAAGAAUUCUCGUUUCGAUUCAUUUCAUUAUCUAAAACCCCAUUUCCCUCACUCAACUCCCUUGAUCCGUUGUUCCUUUCGUUGGAGGUUAUUAUUCUGCUCUAUUUCCCCUCGUGCUUUAAAAGGCUAUGUCCUCUUUUCGGUAAUGAUCCGAAACAAUCCGAUACAAAUAAGAAGGCGCAUGGCCACCCCUGUACUCGAUGGGUCAGUAACGUACUUCUGUUUGUAUUACUUCCAACAUCCACUACCCCCGCAGCGAACAAAACGUUGGUGCGAAAGGGAGCUAAGAUCGACUAGCUCAGCCGGCACAUAGUCAUAGAGGGGAUUCUCAACGUCAAUCUUUUCCAGGUCUCCAGUUUCAUACGGCAGCACCGCGCUCGCAUCGCCAUACUCGAUCAGCGAUUCGUAGUCGAAGGGGUAGACGGGGCUGAGUUUAUAUAUUCCGCUAACGACAAUGACGGGGAUUUGAUGUACUUUGGCUGCAUUCGCAAUCACUCUUGUUCCAGCUGCUGCCACUAGUCCUCCGUUUGCCAGCACCGAGUGCGUGCCAAGGAUGACUUUGUUGACCCGUGACAUUAGUGCAAAGACUGCCGAGUCAGGGAUUAGAAUCACCGUCACUCCCAGUUCGGUGAGUGACUUCUGAAACGAUUCGGCACUUAAACUCUCCUCGUCUCCACUUCCUACAGGUCGCCGCCCGGCUACAACAGCAUGUGUGUCGCGGUGAUUGUUGGGAUAGGACUCAGCAUGAAUCACAGUGAAUUUUCGCUUCGCUGCAGCUUUCGCUAGGAACCUAUGCACCGUCAUCGACGAGGUGUAGGUGAGUAUGACCUCGUCUGAAUGGAUGUGUUCCAGGGCGUAGCUGGCAAUUUGAUCUUCCACUUGGCUUAAUUCGUCGACAAUCUCGCCAAUGCCGUCGAUUACUUCUGCUUUGAAAUCUUUCGAGGUGUACUGCCCUCGUAUGCGUCCGGACGGCGAUGCAUUGACUGGGGAUCCAGCUUGCGGUGACCCCACUACUUGAGGAUGUGAAAGUAGCCUAAACAUCGAUAUUACUGGGGGUGCUGUGGUUGCAGUUGUAAAUGAGGCAUGCGGAGCUAGUGGCAUCGGUGGACGUGACGAGGAUCGUUCUGUUCCCCGCUCCGAGUCAGCAUCUGUGCCUUCACAGCGACUUAAUGGGCUUGCGCCAUGUGUAGCACCAUGUGCGCCAAGUGUAGAAAUCCCCGAUGAGUGUGUAGUAAGUUGGCUAUCAGCAGCAGGAGGAGUAUGUGGCCUGGUUUCGGACCCCGCGUCACUGGAUAGGUAAAAUUCAGCCUCCCUCUCAUCCUCCGCUUCUUCUCUAAUCAGGCCCAAAACACGGCGCACGAUAUUCCCAACAACCAUCUCCCUGGGCUGUGCCGCAAUGAGCCGUCUUCCAACAUUUUGUACACGGUCAAUCAGCUUUUCUGGGUCUGUUCCUUUUGAUGUUGAGACGACGCGGAGGAGGAGGUAUGCCGUUGCGACGGCGCAGGAGUGUGAAGGGCGUAUCUGGCGUCGUUUCAAAAGCCUAAAUAAGACUAGUUAGCCAAAAAAAAAAAAAAAAGAUCUUUCCAAGAGUUCCUGCAGCCGUGCAGUGAAGAG